UUAAACCAAAACAAAAAAAAAAUCUCUUCUGUUCCUUCAUUUUCGCGGUAACCAACCAAUGUCCAAACGGGCCCCAAAAAUUUAUCUAAUUAUGAAAAGUAAAAUCUCAAAUUUUUAAUGCCUAGCCUUCUUUUCAUUUUCCCUUAGCUUCGAAUUUGAGGUUUUCCUUAAUUAAUUCUGUGUAUUUAAUAGAUGGCGGAUCGAAACUCGACUGCCUCAAAGCCUAUAUGGAUGAAGCAAGCCGAGGAGGCCAAGCUGAAAAGUGAGGCCGAAAAAGCUGCUGCUGCUAAAGCAGCUUUCGAAGCAACAUUCAAGGAUGUCGAUAAGAACCGUAACAAGGAUGUGGCGGCAGCUUCAUCCGAUAGUGAGUCUGAGGACACCAGUGACUUGGUGAACAAGCCAAUUGGUCCUGUGGAUCCUGCUAAGUGCAUGGCAGCGGGGCCUGGAAUAGCGGGUGGCACUGCCUGUGCAGCCUCCACGUUUAUGGUGGUAACAAAGGAUGCUGAUGGGAGGAAAGUACAGAGUGGGGGUGCUCAGAUUAAGGUGAAGGUUUCACCUGGUGUGGGCGUUGGGGGUUCAGAACAAGAGGGGAUUGUGAAGGAUAUGGGAGAUGGAACUUACACUGUGACUUAUGUGGUGCCUAAGAGAGGGAACUAUAUGGUGAAUAUCGAGUGCAAUGGAAAACCCAUUAUGGGUAGCCCAUUUCCGGUGUUCUUCAGUGCAGGUACUUCAACUGGAGGACUACUAGGGGUGGCUCCUGCAUCCACAUAUCCAAAUCUAGUCAACCAAACCAUGCCCAACAUGCCAAACUACACAGGUUCUGUUUCUGGAGCUUUCCCUGGCUUAUUGGGAAUGAUCCCAGGCAUUGUUUCUGGUGCUUCUGGUGGUGCUAUUCUGCCGGGAAUGGGGGCAUCUCUUGGGGAAGUUUGUCGAGAAUACCUCAAUGGUCGUUGUGCUAAAACUGAUUGCAAAUUGAACCACCCUCCCCACAAUUUGCUGAUGACUGCUUUGGCUGCAACAACAAGCAUGGGAACUCUCAGUCAGGUUCCUAUGGCACCUUCUGCAGCUGCAAUGGCUGCAGCUCAGGCUAUUGUUGCUGCUCAGGCCCUUCAAGCUCAUGCAGCUCAGGUGCAAGCACAAGCUCAGUCAACCAAAGAUUCAUCUGAUUCUCCUGACAAAGCUGGGAAGGCUGAUGCGUUGAAGAAAACCCUACAAGUUAGCAAUCUUAGCCCACUUCUCACAGCAGAGCAAUUGAAGCAGCUUUUUAGCUUCUGUGGUACAGUUGUUGAGUGUACAAUCACUGAUUCAAAGCAUUUUGCUUACAUAGAAUACUCAAAACCUGAGGAAGCAACAGCUGCUUUGGCAUUGAACAAUAUGGAUAUUGGAGGUCGACCAUUAAAUGUGGAGAUGGCUAAAACGCUUCCCCAGAAACCAGCUGUUUCAUCAGUGGCUUCAUCAUCUUUGCCUAUGAUGAUGCAGCAAGCUGUUGCCAUGCAACAGAUGCAAUUCCAACAGGCUUUGCUUAUGCAACAGACAUUGACUGCUCAGCAGGCAGCUAACCGAGCUGCAAGCAUGAAGUCUGCAACAGAGCUAGCCGCAGCAAGAGCUGCAGAGAUAAGUAAGAAGCUAAAAGCUGAUGGACUUGUUACUGAAGAGAAGGAAACUAAAAGUAAAUCUAGGUCACCAUCCACUUCUCAUGCAAGGUCAAGGUCCAAGUCAAAAUCGCCCCUUAGUUAUCGGAGAAGGUCAAGAUCAAAGUCUAGAUCACCAAUCAAUUAUCGGCGAAGGUCAAGGUCCAAGUCAAGAUCACCAAUCAGUUAUAGACGGAGAAGGAGGUCUCGCUCUUAUUCACCUCCUCCCCGUUUCCAACGAGACCGUAGGUCCAAAUCACCUGUGAGAUCUCAUCAUCGUUCAAGGUAUGAUAGUGAACGGCGGUCAUAUAGAGAUAGGGAUGACAUUGACAGGAGUAGGAGACGAGAUCUGGAUAGAUCACGUGAUCGUCGUUCAUCUGUUUCAAGGAGAAAUAGGAGUAGGAGUAUUAGUCCUCAAACAAGAAAAUCACCUCCUGUUGAUUCAGACUCCCCAAAAAAUAGCAGAGAAAGUUCACCAAGGGCAAGGAGAUCAUCUCGUCCUGAUUCAAGAUCACCAAGGCAUCAUAGGAGAAGUAGGUCAUCCCCAAAGAAUGAUGAUGAAAGAAAAUUGAAAUACAGAAAACGCUCUAGGUCCAAAUCUGUUGAUUCUGAUAAGAAAAGGGAUGAAAUCCAGGUUGAAAAAUCAAAGCACCGCAGCAGAAGGCGUUCCAGGUCAUUAUCUUCAGAAGGUAAGCAUCGAGGAAGAAGCAGGUCUUCUGCAAGUUCAGAUGAAAACAAAUUAAAACACAGAAGGCAGUCCAGGUCAGUUUCUGUAGAAGGCAAGGUUCGCUCCUACAGUAAAAUUGAUGAAAUGAAGAAAGAUGAAUCUAGACAUAGUGAUAGAAGGCGUUCCCGGUCAGGGUCUGCUGAAGGUAGGCAUUACACCAAGGAGAGGAGUGAUAGAAGCAGAGAUAAGAAGUCUAAGCAUAGGGAUAGAAGGCAAUCCAGGUCAAGAUCUGCUGAGGGCAAGCAUCACAGAGGAAGCAGGCUGUCCCCCAGAAAUUCGGAUGAAAAUAAAAUAAAACAUCGAAGGCGCUCCAGAUCAAAGUCUAAUGAAGGCAAGCAUCGUUCCAGUGAUAAAAUAGAUGAAAGAUCAAAACGUCGUGAUAGAAAGCAUUUAUCAUCUGCGGAAUGUAGGCAUCCUAGAGGAAGUAGAUCUUCUCCGAGAAGUUCUGAAGACAAUGAUUCAAGACGCAGAAGGCGCUCUAGGUCAAAGUCAGCAGAAGGGGAUGAUGGAAUAUUGGCUUCAAAGGAGGAGGAGUAUGACUCUAAAGUUUCAGUGAAUGAUGACCAGGAAUUGAAGGGCAAAUAUUUACCACAGUUUAGCUGUGAUGAAGGACUUUCACCAAAUAACAGAUUGGAUGUAGAUGAACUAAGCAAACUUGAAAGAUCAAGUAGUAAGCAUCAGCUCAACAGUAAUGGAUCUGAAAAUCAUUCCAUUUCUCCUUAGCAGAACUGAGCUGUGGGCUUUAGUUGUGGAGCUGGACCUUGGGGCCUGUGAUUUCUGCAAUCAAAGUUACUUCAAGCUGUCUGCCUUCUGACUCUCCAAUUUGGGCUUGGUCCAAUUCAAGCAUGUUCAGAUAUGAACACUUUAUAUAGAGUUUAAUGAGCUUUUGGCUCCUAAAGGAUCGGCAGUUCACUUAAGACAUUGCUUAGUGUUUC